AUGUCUACUUCAUCAAAGUCGUUGUUGAUACCGACCGGUGUUCGUGGCAUGAAAAGUCUCGACCGUGAGAAAUUCAAUCGUAAAAUCACUGCACCCGUUCUUAAAGUAUCAGAAGACAAAUUGUCCAAAGUAACUCCAAUAUGCAAAGCAUACUUUUUAAAAAUGUCAAAUUUUAAACCAGUGCAAAGCUCAGUUGCUCAGUGUAACGAAAAUUUAAACAAGUGCAUUUAUUUUGACCCUGAUAAAGUAACAAAUUGGACCGAUAUUACUGAAAAUAUUCGCACAUCACUGAACCAAUAUGACAUAAAUGAGAAAAAUUUCGAUUUAUUUGAUAUAACAUUGACUUAUGACAAUUUUAAGUUUGAUACAAUUUUCAAAGCGGUAUUACCUGAAAAUGAAGAAAUCGUGAGCAGUUUCUCACACAUUGGUCACAUUAUACAUCUUAAUUUACGCGAUCACUUAUUGGAGUACCGUGGGCUUAUAGGACAAGUUUUACUUGACAAAAUUAAAAAUUGUCGCACAGUUGUCAAUAAAACCUACGUCAUUGACAACACAUACAGAAAUUUCAGCAUGGAGGUGAUUGCUGGAGAUGAGGACUUUCUAGUGACAGUGAAAGAAAACAAAUGUAAUUUUCAAUUUGAUUUUUCAAAAGUUUACUGGAAUCCGAGGUUAUGCAAGGAACACGAAAGAAUCCUUGAAAUACUGAAACCCAGGGAUGUUCUAUUUGAUGUAUUCUGUGGUGUCGGACCCUUUGCAAUACCGGCUGCAAAAAAGAACUGCAGAGUAUUAGCUAAUGACCUGAAUCCGGAAUCAUAUAAAUGGCUCAAUUUUAAUGCUAAGCAUAAUAAGAUAAAAACUGAUAAUUUUAAAUCUUUCAACAUGGAUGGUAAAGAUUUUAUACAAGAAAUUUUCAAAGACUUUAUAUUAAAUGUUUGCAAAGAAAAUGAUAAAGUAAGCGAUGGAGCUAAAAUCCAUAUAACCAUGAACUUACCAGCAAUUGCUGUUGAAUUUUUGAAAUAUUUCAAAGGAUUAAUUCAGGAAAUAGAAUUAAAAGACAAAUUUAAUUUGGACAUUAUUGUACAUGUUUACUGUUUUACAACCGGAGACAAUCACCAAGCAAUUGCUAAGCAAUUGGUUAACGAUAAUUUUGGUGUUGAUGUGUCACCUCACAUAGUUGAUAUUUUUGCUGUAAGAAAUGUAUCUCCUAAAAAGGAAAUGAUGAGAGUCUCAUUCAGACUUACAAAGGAAUUUAUUUUUAAUAAUAACUAUAUCGCAGAAGAGACAAACGAACCUCCAUGUAAAAUUAAAUGUACAAGGAAGACAGAAGAAUAAAUUAUUGUAUUUAUGUUAUGAAAUAAAUACAUAUCGUUA